GCACAGGAAAUGUCUCUAACCUGCUUACGCUUCCGCUCUGAACCCUGUGGUUUCACAACCUCUAUCACUCCUCCUUCACCACCACCCAGUGUCAUCAGCCUGGUGUCUCUGUGAGAAUGUUCCACUGCAAGGGGCCUCCAGAGCAUAAUCAUUUCCCUCUUUCACCCGGUCUAGGCUGCCAGCAAAUCCCAAGGGUCCUAUUAGACUCAGCCCGCGUCAGGAUCUGCCAGCUGCUUGAAAGAUGAACUCCUGCAUCAUCAUAAUGAGGCUGCUGCUGUCUGGGCCUUUCCUCUUUGCCCUGGCCUCCAGCUACAACCUGGAUGUGGGGCACGUGCAAAAUUUGUCCUUCCCACACGCCGGCAGGCACUUUGGGUACCGCGUCCUGCAGGUUGGAAACCGGGUUGUUGUGGGAGCUCCAGGCGAGGGGAACAGUACAGGAAACCUCUACCAGUGCGAGCCAGACACUGGACAAUGCCUGUCAGUGAGCCUGAGUGGUUCCAACCACACCUCUAAGUACUUGGGAAUGACUUUGGCGAUGGACCCCACAAAUGGAAGAUUUUUGGCUUGUGAUCCUGGGCUAUCUCGGACAUGUGACCAGAAUAUCUAUUUAAGUGGCCUGUGUUACCUCUUCCCCCAGGAUCUAAAGGGUCCUCUGUUGCAAGGGCGUCCUGGUUACCAGGAAUGUCUGAAGGGCAACGUAGACCUAGUAUUUCUGUUUGAUGGCUCAAUGAGCUUGCAGGAAAAAGAAUUUCAGAAAAUCCUGGACUUCAUGAAGGACGUGAUGAAGAAACUCAGCAACUCUUCCUACCAGUUUGCUGCUGUUCAGUUUUCCACGACUUACAAAACAGAAUUUAAUUUCUUGGAUUAUGUUAAACUGAAGAACCCUGAUGUUCUGCUGGCCAAAGUAGAACACAUGCGCCUGUUGACCAACACCUUUGGUGCCAUAAACUAUGUCGCGACCCAGGUAUUCCAGCAGGAGCUCGGGGCCCGCCCAGAUGCCACCAGAGUGCUUAUCAUCAUCACUGAUGGGGAAGCCACUGACAGAGGCAACAUUAGCGUGGCCAAAGACAUCACCCGCUACAUCAUUGGGAUCGGAAAGCAUUUUCAGACCAAGGAAAGUCAGGAGAUGCUCCACAAAUUUGCCUCAACACCCACUACAGAGUUUGUAAAGAUUCUGGACACAUUUGAGAAGCUUAAAGAUCUAUUCACUGAGCUGCAAAAGAAGAUCUAUGCCAUUGAGGGCACAAACAAACAGGACCUGACAUCCUUCAAAAUGGAGCUGUCUUCCAGUGGGAUCAGCGCUGACCUCAGCAGGGGCCAUGUUGUUGUGGGGACAGUUGGAGCCAUGGACUGGGCUGGGGGCUUUCUAGACCUGAAGGAAGACCUGCAGGAUGAUACAUUUGUUGGGAAUGAAUCACCAACAUCAGAAGAGAGAGAAAGAUAUUUGGGCUACACAGUGGCCUGGCUGCCCUCCCACAAUCUCAUAUCACUGCUGGCAGCUGGAGCCCCCCGAUACCAGCAUGUGGGGCAGGUGCUGUUGUUCCAAGAGUCAAAGGACAAAAGACAAUGGAGCCAGAUCCAGAAAAUAAAUGGGACCCAGAUUGGUUCUUAUUUCGGUGGUGAGCUGUGUGGCGUUGACAUAGACCAAGAUGGGGAGACAGAGCUGCUGCUGAUUGGAGCCCCCUUGUUCUAUGGGGAGCAGAGAGGAGGCCGGGUGUUUAUCUACCAGAGAAAACAGCUGGGGUUUGAAGUGGUCUCAGAACUGCAGGGGCAUCCUGGCUACCCUCUUGGGCGAUUUGGAGCAGCCAUCACUGCCCUGACCGACAUCAAUGGGGACAGGCUGAUGGACGUGGCUGUGGGAGCGCCUCUGGAGGAGCAGGGGGCUGUGUACAUCUUCAAUGGUCAACAUGGUGGCUUGAGCCUCCGGCCAAGUCAGCGGAUAGAAGGGAUCCAGGUGUUCCCAGGAAUUCGGUGGUUUGGACGCUCCAUUCACGGGGUGAAGGACCUUGGAGGGGACGGCCUGGCAGACGUGGCUGUGGGGGCUGAGGGUCAGGUGAUGGUGCUGAGCUCUCGGCCUGUGGUGGAUGUCAUCGCUCGGAUGUCCUUCUCCCCGGCCGAGAUACCCGUGCAUGAGGUAGAGUGCUCCUAUUCAACCAUCAACAAGAAGAAGAAAGGAGUUAACAUCACAGUCUGUUUCCAGGUCAAGCCUCUCAUGCCCCAGUUCAAAGGACCCCUCGUUGCCAACCUCACUUACACUCUGCAGCUGGAUGGCCAUCGGACGAGGAGCCGGGGAGUGUUUCCAGGAGGGAGACAUGUACUCAGCGGGAAUACAGCUGUCACCGUAAAGGAGUCCUGCACUGACUUCUGGUUCCACUUCCCGGUAUGCAUUCAAGACCUCAUCUCUCCCAUCAACGCCUCCCUAAAUUUCUCUCUCUGGGAAGAAAGGACAUCGAGAGGCCAAAGGGCGCAGGGCAAGGACAGGCAGCUCAUCCUGAGACCCUCGCCGCACUCAAAGACCAAGGAGAUCCCUUUCGAAAAGAACUGUGGAGAGGACAAGCAAUGUGAAGCAAACCUGGGGCUGUCCUUCUACCCUGUAAGAUCCAGAGGCCUGCUUCUGACCCCCCCUGCCAGCCUCUCCGUGCAGCUGACACUGAAUAACUCGGGAGAAGACGCUUACUGGGUCCGGCUCAGCCUGAGUUUCCCCUGGGGACUCUCCUUUCGAAAAGUGGAGAUGCUCAAGCCCCACAGCCAGAUACCUGUGAGCUGCGAGGAGGUUGCUGAGGAGCCCCAGCUUCUGACCAGGAACCUCUCUUGCAAUGUGAGCUCUCCCAUCUUUAAAGCGGGCAGCUCGGUUGUUAUCCAGGUGAUGUUCCACACUCUGCUGAAUGGCUCCUGGGGGGACUUUGUCGAGCUGCACGCCAAAGUGUCCUGUGACAAUAAGGACUUGGGCCUCCUGGGGAACAACUUUACCACCACCCGCAUUCCAGUCCUGUACCCCAUCAACAUCCUCACCGAAACCCAGGAGAACUCCACACUCUACAUCAGUUUCACCCCUAAGGAUGCCAAGAUCCACCAUGUCAACCACAUCUACCAGGUGAAGAUUCAGCUGUCUGUCCACGACCAUAACAUGCCCAACCUGGAAGCCUUGAUUGGGGUGCCACAGCCUCACAGUGAGGGGCCCAUCACUCACAAGUGGAGCAUGCAGAUGGAGCCUCCUGUCGACUGUCACUAUGAGAAUCUGGAAAGGGCACCCAGUGAGGCUGAGCAGCCUUGUUUGCCCGGAGCCCAGUUUCGCUGCCCCAUGGCCUUCAGGAAGGAGAUCCUCGUCCAAGUGAUGGGGACUGUGGAGCUGGUGGACGAGAUCAAGGCCUCCUCCAUGGGAAGCCUCUGCAGCUCCCUCUCCAUCUCCUUCAACAGCAGCAAGCAUUUCCACCUCUAUGGCAGCAACGCCUCCCUGGCCCAGGUCAUCACGAAGGUUGACGUUGUAUAUGAGAAGGAUAUGCUCUAUCUCUACAUGCUGAGUGGCAUCGGGGGGCUGUUGUUGCUGCUGCUGAUUUUCCUGGUGCUCUACAAGGUUGGUUUCUUCAAACGGGACCUGAAGGAGAAGAUGGAGGCUACAAUCGACGCCUCCAAUGGAAUCCCUGGAGAAGACGCUGGGCAGCUGUCAUCUGAGAAAGAGGCCACGGAUCCGAGCUGCCUGGAUCCCCUACACACAGAGGAGGGCCAGGAUGGAGGUGGCACAGACUGAGGCCCAGGGCUGAUGCAGGGGGCCUAGGACUGGGCUUGGGGUGUCUGGUACCCAUCCGCCUUUACCUGCAUGUCACUCUGUGUCUUCCGGCAAGUUGCUGCCUCUCCCUAGGCUUCAGUUUCUCUGCCUCGAACAUGGAGUUCAUUCCUGCCUGCCUCCUUUGCAGGAUCAUGGUGAGGAUUGAGUGAGGGGUGGGCCAGGAGGUGAGGCCUUGUAAUUAUCAGAUGGUCCUGGCUUCUAUCAGCCCCUCUUAGUUUCCUCUCCUGGAAGAGAAUGUCUAAAUCUAAAUUUGGAGAAACUGUAGUCCCAAAACCUAGUGACACUCCCAGCCCUCAUACCCACCUGCCCUUGGAAGUCCACAGAGGUCUCCAGCUCCCAGAACUUGCCCUGCACUCUCUCCCGCACGGAGUCCGGCCAGCUUUCCAUUCCACUACCCGAGGGCAGAUUGCUACAUGUCACUACAUUGCUCCUGCAGACCCCUUGCUCUUUAGUUAAAGACCAAGUUCCUUAAUAUGCCUUCCAAAAUCUGCAAAAUAUCCUUAAUACAAUGCCAAUGCAAAACUGGGCACCUUUGCCUUUCUGGCCUCCUGUAGAGACACCCCACCUCCAUUCUGAGCUCUAGUUACGCAGGCCUUUCUCCCAUGCCAAGCUUUCUCCUCUCUCACUGUCUUCACCCAGACAGCUCUCUCUGCCUGGGAUAUUCCCCCACCUUUUCCUGGCUAACUCUCAUCAGUCUUCAGGCCUCCUCAGCUCAUGUAUCACUUCCUCAGGGCGGCCCCCAACCCCAGCUCAUUUGGGGUCCUAUAUUAUGCACGCUUACAAUAACCUGCAAUUGUCUGUAUUAGCAGGGAUCAUAUGUGUUCAUUGUUAAAUGAUUUACUUAAUAUUCAUAUCUCAAAUUAAACAGUGAACUCCAUGGGUAGGGAUCAUACCUUGGGACCCAUAAUGACGUCCUAGACACAUAGUACAUAAUUGACACAAUUUCAGUCAGUUAAUGAGAGAGCUUGUGUAUGAUAGCGAAACAAGUUUGGACGGGCCCAUGGCAUCUCAUUCUUAAGGGAUGAGUCUUCCCCAGGCGUACCUGCCCCUCCUUCCACAACCCCCACCGGGAGUCCAUCACACCCCCACUGUGGCCUGCACCAUGAGACUCUGAGCUCACGGUGGGGACCGUGACCAUUCACCUGGCUCCCAGUGCCAAGCACACUGACUGUGUAUAUUUACCCAAUAAAUGUGAAAUUCUGUCUAACUUUGUGAUGUUUCU